GCCGCAGGUGCCGCGGCGGAGGAAGCGGGGGCGGGCGGCGCUGGCGAGCCAACCGGGGCCCGGCGCGGCGCCGUGAGUCACCAGCGGCCGCGCAGGGCGGCCGGGCGGCUGAUAUAAGAGCGCCGCGGGGACACCCUCCCUCCCUCCUUCCCCGUCUGGCUCCUGUCCUCCUCGCUUCUCCGGCUGCCUCGCCCUGCCCGAAAUUUUUCCUUCCCUGCUUCUCCUUCCCCCCCCCCCUCCUCCGUCCCCGGCGAUGCGGUCUGACCGGCAGCGCGGAAACCGGGGCGCCAGCUGCGGCCCCGGGUGCGGUGCGGGGCGGCGGGCGGUCCCGUGGUGCUGGGCGCUCUGCUUGCUGUUCGCCUGCAGCUGCCUGCGCGCCGACGGUGCAAGAACAAAAUGUGAAGAAUCCCAAUUCCCAUGUAGUAAUGGACGCUGUAUUCCUUUACUCUGGAAAUGUGAUGGUGAUGAAGACUGCUCUGAUGGCAGUGAUGAGAGUGCUUGUGUGAAGAAGACGUGUGCCGAGACUGAUUUUGUGUGCGUCAGUGGUCAGUGUGUGCCUAACAGAUGGCAGUGUGAUGGGGAUCCGGACUGCGAGGAUGGGUCUGACGAGAGUGCUGAACUGUGCCAUAUGAGAACAUGCCGGGUAAAUGAAAUCAGCUGUGGUCCUCAGUCAACCCAGUGUAUCCCAGUGUCCUGGAAAUGUGAUGGUGAAAAAGACUGUGACAGUGGAGAAGAUGAAGAGAAUUGUGGCAAUGUGACCUGUAGUGCAGCAGAGUACACAUGCAGCAGUGGGCAGUGUAUUUCCAAGAGCUUUUUCUGCAAUGGUCAAGAUGACUGCAGCGAUGGCAGUGAUGAGCUGGAGUGUGCACCUCCUACCUGUGGAGCUCAUGAGUUCCAGUGCAAGACCUCCACUUGCAUCCCCAUCAGCUGGGUGUGUGAUGAUGAUGCGGACUGCUCUGACUACUCAGAUGAAUCUCUAGAGCAAUGUGGCCGCCAGCCUGCACCUCCUGUGAAGUGCUCUACCAGUGAGGUGCAAUGCGCCUCAGGUGAAUGUAUCCACAAAAAGUGGCGCUGUGAUGGAGAUGCUGACUGCAAGGAUGGAAGUGAUGAAAUCAACUGCCCUUCUCGGACCUGCAGACCAGACCAGUUCAGAUGUGAAGAUGGGAACUGCAUCCAUGGGAGUAGGCAGUGCAAUGGUGUGAGAGACUGUCUGGAUGGCUCUGAUGAAGCAAGUUGUAACAAUGUUAUUCAGUGCUCUGGACCUGGCAAAUUCAAGUGCAGAACUGGAGAAUGCAUAGAUGUCAAUAAAGUGUGUAACCAGCAGAGAGACUGCAAGGACUGGAGUGAUGAGCCCCUGCAGGAGUGUAACAUAAAUGAAUGUCUGGUGAACAAUGGUGGAUGCUCUCAUAUCUGCAGAGAUCUUGUUAUUGGCUAUGAAUGUGACUGUCCAGCUGGGUUUGAGCUUCUAGACAGGAGAACCUGUGGAGAUAUCAAUGAAUGCCAGAACCCUGGUAUCUGCAGUCAAAUCUGUAUCAACCUGAAAGGGGGCUACAAAUGUGAAUGUAGCCGUGGCUAUCAGAUGGAUCUUGCUACUGGAGUGUGCAAGGCAGUGGGGAAAGAACCGUGUCUAAUUUUCACCAACCGCCGGGAUAUUAGGAAGAUCGGCCUUGAGAGGAAAGAAUACAUUCAGCUAGUAGAGCAGCUACGAAACACUGUAGCUCUAGAUGCUGAUAUUGCUGAACAAAAACUUUACUGGGCUGACUUUGGCCAAAAAGCAAUCUUCAGUGCCUCUAUUGAUACCCGUGAUAAAGUUGGAAGACACGUCAGAAUUCUGGACAACAUACACAGCCCUGCAGGAAUUGCUGUUGACUGGGUUUAUAAGAACAUCUACUGGUCUGACUCAACUGCAAAGACCAUUUCAGUGGCUAGCCUAGAUGGCACAAAAAGAAGGGUUUUGUUUCUCUCUGAGCUGAGAGAGCCAGCUUCUAUUGCUGUAGAUCCUCUCUCUGGCUUUAUGUACUGGUCAGACUGGGGUGAGCCAGCAAAAAUUGAAAAAGCAGGAAUGAAUGGAUUUGACAGACAGCAACUUGUGACAACAGAAAUCCAGUGGCCUAAUGGAAUUGCUCUAGAUCUUGUAAAAAGCCGUCUGUACUGGCUUGAUUCUAAACUACAUAUGCUGUCAAGUGUGGACCUGAAUGGCCAGGACCGUAGAAUUGUGCUGAAGUCUCAUAUGUUCCUUCCUCAUCCUCUUGCUCUAACAAUAUUUGAGGACCGUGUGUACUGGAUUGAUGGAGAGAAUGAGGCUGUCUAUGGUGCCAACAAAUUUAGUGGAUCUGAGUUGGUUACACUAGUGAACAACCUCAAUGAUGCACAGGACAUCAUUGUGUAUCAUGAACUUGUUCAGCCUUCAGGCAGGAACUGGUGUGAAGAGAACAUGGCAAAUGGAGGCUGUAGCUACCUGUGUCUGCCUGCUCCUCAGAUAAAUGAACAUUCUCCAAAGUACACUUGUGCGUGUCCUAUUGGAUACUACUUGCAGGAGGAUGGUCUGAAAUGUGCAGUUUCAGGUACUGGAACAACUGUGGCUUACACUGAGGCUAAAGAUACCAGCACAACAGAAAAAUCUCCAACUGUUGGACUAGUUCCUGGAGGAAUCAACAUCAGUGGUGGAACAUCUGAAGUAUCUGCAUCUGGAGGAACAUCAGCAGCUUGGACUAUUCUUCCUGCCUUAUUGCUGGUGAUGGCCGUAGUGGUUGGCUGCUUAAUGUGGCAUAACUGGCAGCACAGGAACAUGAAAAGCAUGAAUUUUGAUAAUCCUGUCUACCUGAAAACUACAGAAGAGGACCUCACAAUUGAUGUUGGAAGACACAACAGUUCAGUAGGACACACCUACCCUGCAAUAUCUGUUGUAAGCACGGAUGAUGAUAUGGCAUGAGCGCUGGAUCAACAAUCACUUCCAGUUUACUUGUGUUUUACACUCUUUGGGGAUAGUAACCAGGUUUGUGGCUGAAAGAGUUCCUCCAUUCUUGGAAGAAAGAAGAUACUUUCUGUAUGUAUGGAACACUUAUGUAAAUAGAUAUUUUAUACAGCUUAACAACAAACUGUAAAUACCUGUCCACAACAAUUCAGCUUUUAGUGGUUACUGUUUUAUCAGUAACCCUUGGAUUGGUCAGUCAGUAACACCACUGACCAAAUAUAAAGCACUUUCCAUAGAAAGCCAUGUUCCAGCCACAACUUGUAACACCUGUACAUAUGUGUAUAGGCCACUUGUAAAUACUAUUCUUGGAAAAUCACUACCAAGCACUUUGAAAUACUUCAAAUGUAAAUGAUUGUACACUGUCUUUUUCAAUGAUUGGGGCAAUGGCAAUAGGAAAAAACGGGUUACUAUGAUUGCCAAAAAUUUGUAAGCAUAAGUAAUUUUGUAAGUAUGAUUGAAACAAUCUUGCCUGUUACCUCUUAGGGGUAUACAGCUAUAAAUGCUCUUUAAGAAACCACUGUAAAUCUUAAAUGUGGAAAAGGGGAAAAUAAUUAAAAUAUAAAGCAUUUAAA